CCGGCGGACCGUCUCACAGGCGUGCCGGCAGCUCCGGAGGUGUUGUUAUUUCCCCGGUUGCUGGUCUGUCCCAUUCUUCUGCCGCGAUUCGUCGCUGUUUCUGCCCCGGUCUGAGUGUUCUGUUGCCCCGCUGGCGCUGAGAGGAUGAAGCCGAAGCAGAAGCUGCGGCACGUGGUGGCCUGGAUGAGCCGCGCGGAGUGGGAGCAGCUGCUGGAGAACCUGCACUCCGGACAGGCGGCGCUGCAGACCCACGCCCUGCACAGACUGAGCGCCUGGAGGGGCAGGUUUGGGAACAGUACUCCCGUGGCAGUGGAGAGCACUGCUGACCUGGUCCGCUGUCAGGUUCUGGAUAGCACUGGCAAACUAGAGGGUGAUGACCUGGUUCUGCUGUACGGCAUGGCACUGACAAGGUUUGUCAAUUUUAUACUGGAGCGUCAUCAAGGGAGAGUAGCCAAACCCCUUCGACGUCUAGCCAGCAAGUUAAAUAUUCCAGAGUGGAUUGUGAACCUGAGGCACGCCAUGACUCAUCGCAAACUGCCCUCACUCAAAUGGUGUCGGAAAGGGUGUGAGUUUUUGUUAAAUUGGCUCCGGCAAGAGUACUGGUCCCGGCAACUGAACGGCGGUCUGAUAGAAGACUGGAGCUCUUCGUCUGAUGAGGAAGAGGAUGAAGGCGAGAGAAGCAGAAGGCAUGAGGAAGAAAGAGCAAAGAGACAGAGAGAGAUAGAGGGACACAAAAAGGCCAGAGAGCUGCUCAUCUCUUAUGAACGAGAACAGUUCCAGGUGUAUGAAGAGUUGCUGAGACGCAGCGCAGAGCACGGACCUUGGCCAGAGGCAAGUGCUGAUCUCGGCUGGAUCCUUGCUCAGAUCAAACACUUCAGCUCUGAAUCCAGAGAUAUACUGAUGGAUGCUUUAGUGCAAGAUGGAUUUUUAAUCCCAACAGCAGAGCAGCUGGAGUCACUGGACAUCGAUCCAUCAGAGGAUCUGUUUGACCCAUUAACUCCAUCUUUGCCUCAAGUGUUUCUGCGUUUCUGGUUUCCGAUGUGGAAGGUUCUUAACUCACCCUUGUUUGUCACUCUGAUCCUGGAGAAGCUAUUCGCUGAGCUGUCUAAUGAGAUGACCAGUCACAGGGCUUAUUACAUAUCAGCCUGGAUCUCAGAGAUUCUGCACUGCAACAGUAGAAUCAUUAGAAGGGUGAAGAUCAUGAAGGAGAGGAUUUUUGUUAGUAGAAUUUCGUUCCAGUGGCAAGAUCUCAUAACUGCAUGUCUGAAUGCACCAUGUCCAGCAACACCGUACCUGCUCCAACAGAUUUUAAAUGACAUGGAGAUGCCCCUCCCCCCAGCAACGCAACACAAUUUGCUACGCCUCUGCAGCAUCUACACUCAGACUAACCAUGGAGACUGUUCACCUAGCAACAUUGACUCCUCCCAUCCUGUAUACACACUAGAGAGCCUUCAGGAGAGACUGCAGGGUUCCACACAGAACAGACAUGCCCACUCUCCAAACCACACCCCUGGGUCGGGACAGGCUCCACCCAGUCUGGACCUGCAGGAGAAUUUGAGCGCUGAAACUGUCCAGGAACGGAAUGCGGUAUUACGUGGGUCGCCAUGGAGUGUGUGUACAGAUAAGGUACCCUGGAAGCUGCACCCACUGGGGAAAGUUUCGGGGCAGUCAGAGGACCCCUCCUGUCUGCUGGUGGAGACGUAUACCACACUGACCGUGUUUGACCAGCAGGUGGAGCUGGACCAGAUUCCCCCUCCUCAUGGCAACACAAGUGGGCUGCUGCAGACCAGAAGUGGAUCAGAUGGGCCACUGUGGACCCACAAUGACAUCAGCAAACUCAAGGCUGGAUUAAAACUUUUCUAACACACGCGGCCAUCGCCGCCACUAAAAUAAUAAACAUGUAUGCCUUUGUAAGCAAAAGUAUACUCUGUACUUGUAUUUGAUGAACUUGUAUUUGCAUUUGAUAAAACUGUUGUUAUCUCAACCUUUA